CUUUCCCAUAGAUCACCGUGACGGAGGAGAUGACGGCUCCUGCUACGGCUUCGCAGGAUGAUGGAGGCCAAGAAUGGGAGACGGAAGUGGGGGAUGACUUCAGCCUCUUCUACGACAGCUACUCUGUGGAUGGCCACAUCGAUUCGGACAGCAAGUCUGAUGCAGAUGUUACUGGAGAACAUAUGAGUGAGGAAGAGGAAGAAGAAGAAGAGGAGGAAGAAGAGGAAGAAGAGGAGGACGAAGAUGAAGAAGAUGAAGAUGAAGACGAUGAGGAAGAGUCGGGAAAUAUCUCUGAUAGGAGCACUGCCUCCAGCUCCAAACGUAAAGCCAGGAAGCGGUGGCGGCACGACAGUCCGUGGAUCAAACCAUCCCGAAAACGGAAGCGCAAAGAGCCGCAUCCCAAGGAAAACAAAGGUCUGAAUGGCGACCCGUCAGCCACCCAGAGCGAGUACACGGAGGUGCCUCUUGGCUGCCUGGAGCUGCCCAAUGAGGGGGCCCUGUCCCCCAACAAUGCCGGUGUGUCUAAUGAGACAAGUUCGCUGGAAACCGAACGCUUUGAGGAACUUCCGUUGUGUUCUUGCCGCAUGGAAGCCCCAACCAUUGAGCGGCUUAGCCAGCAGGCUGGAAAUCAGUGCAUGGCAACGGAGAGCGCUGAUGGGGAGCUAAAUGGCUGCAGCAGCAGCAUCUUGAAGCAAGAAACGAUGCGUCCCUCCAGCCGGGUUCCCCUCAUGGUCCUGUGUGAAACCCAUCGCGCCCGGAUGGUGAAGCAUCACUGCUGCCCUGGAUGUGGCUACUUCUGCACGGCGGGCACCUUUCUGGAGUGCCACCCGGACUUCCGUGUGGCUCACCGCUUCCACAAGGCCUGCGUUUCCCAACUCAACGGCAUGAUCUUCUGUCCACAUUGUGGAGAAGAUGCUUCGGAGGCCCAGGAGAUCACCAUAGCCAAGGCGGACACCUCCACGCCUGUCCCCAUCCCACCGUCGCAUAGCCACAGCGCUUCCGAGUCCACUGGCCGUGCUGACACCACCCAACCCAGUGCUCGGAUGCGUGGGGGCUCAGGUGUUGAACACCCGCCAAAUGAUACGGCGGGCUUCGGUGGCCCAGGUAUUGAUAGCGCGGGACCACGGCUGACUCUUCCUAACGGAGCUGUGCUUUCAGCACAAGGAUUGCCAGUGGGGGCUGGAAGGGAGCAGCUAGAGCGAGCCCUGGUGGUACAGGAAUCCGAAAGGCGCAAGAAGCUGCGAUUUCAUCCGCGUCAGCUCUACCUCUCCGUUAAGCAAGGGGAACUGCAGAAAGUGGUCCUGAUGUUGUUAGACAGCUUAGACCCCAAUUUCCAGACUGAGCAACAAAGUAAGCGUUUCCCACUGCAUGCUGCAGCACAGAAGGGCUACAUGGAAAUCUGCCAUGUUUUGCUUCAGGCUGGAGCCAACAUAAAUACGGUGGACAAGUUGCGUCGAACCCCUUUAAUGGAAGCGGUUGCAAACAACCAUGUGGAGCUCGCACGUUACUUGGUGAAGAGGGGAGGUUGUGUGUACACAAAGGAGGAUGAUGGAUCUACCUGUCUUCAUCAUGCUGCCAAGAAUGGAAAUGUGGAAAUGGUCAGCCUGCUCCUUUCCACGGGACAGGUGGAUGUCAAUGCCCAGGAUAAUGGAGGUUGGACCCCCAUUAUCUGGGCUGCCGAGCAUAAGCACAUUGAAGUGAUCCGUAUGUUGCUCACCCGAGGAGCUGACGUCACCUUGACUGACAACGAAGAGAAUAUCUGCUUGCACUGGGCCUCCUUCACAGGAAGCGCGGAGAUUGCCGAAGUCUUGCUUAAUGCCCAGUGUGACCUCCACGCGGUCAAUUUCCAUGGAGACACGCCUCUGCAUAUAGCUGCCCGGGAGAGCUACCACGAUUGUGUCCUCUUGUUCCUGUCAAGGGGAGCUGACACGGAAAUCCGGAACAAGGAGGGGGAUUUGCCCGUGGACCUGACCUUGGAGAACUCGGAUGUUUGGUUUGCCCUUCAACUCAAUCGCAAGAUCCGUCGAGGCAUCCUUAACCGUUCGGUGCGCACGGAACGCAUCAUCAGCAGGUUCUGCCCUCUUUCUUUAACCAGGGAUGUGGCUCGGGGCUACGAAAACGUGCCCAUUCCCUGUGUCAACUCUGUGGAUGAUGAACCCUGCCCAGAUGACUACAAGUACAUCUCGGAAAACUGCGAGACUUCCACCAUGAACAUCGAUCGCAAUAUCACCCACUUACAGCAUUGCACGUGCCAGGACGACUGUUCCUCCAGCAACUGUCUCUGUGGACAACUCAGCAUCCGCUGCUGGUACGACAAGGAUGGACGUUUGCUACAAGAAUUCAACAAGAUUGAACCCCCUUUGAUCUUUGAAUGUAACCAGGCCUGCACCUGUUGGAGGAACUGCAAAAACCGGGUGGUGCAAGGCGGCAUCAAGGUUCGCCUGCAGCUGUACCGAACGGCGAAAAUGGGUUGGGGGGUCCGUGCCCUUCAGACCAUCCCCCAGGGAACCUUCAUAUGCGAGUAUGUAGGAGAAUUAAUUUCCGAUGCCGAAGCUGACGUAAGGGAAGACGAUUCAUACCUGUUUGAUCUAGACAAUAAGGAUGGCGAGGUUUACUGCAUCGAUGCCCGUUAUUAUGGCAAUGUCAGCCGAUUCAUCAACCACUUGUGUGACCCUAAUAUCAUCCCCGUACGAGUGUUCAUGUUGCACCAGGAUCUGCGCUUCCCACGCAUUGCUUUCUUCAGCAGCCGGGACAUUCAGACUGGCGAAGAGCUUGGAUUUGACUACGGGGACCGUUUCUGGGACAUCAAAAGCAAAUAUUUCACCUGCCAGUGCGGUUCGGAGAAAUGCAAACAUUCGGCGGAAGCGAUUGCGCUGGAACAGAGCCGCCUGGCUCGCCUGGAGGCCCACCAGGACGUGCUGCCGGACAGCAGCAGCUUCCCUCCCUCUCAGGUUUAAACCUGGUUCCCGCUGCCCACUUCUGCAUGUGAAAUCGCCUCUCCUCCCGGGCCCCACCCCUGACUUCCCCUUUCUUCCACCCCCACCGUGUGGACUUCCUCUCGUCUCGUCAUUUGUGGAACACCGAAGCUGCUCAGCUCCCAAGAAGAAUUUGCCUUAAGAAAACGCCAUGUUGGUGGAAAGGAGAGAAGAAGACGGAAGAAGCGUGUCUGGAGAGGAAGGGGCGGGUUGGGUGUGAAAGGAAAUGAAACCUCUGCAACAAAGACAACUCUUGGCCCAGGAGAGAUCUGAGCUCCUGAAGGACUUUCCUCACAAUUGAUGUGCCCACAAUGUCUGACUCUCGUGGUCUGCUGGAGAAACAUCCAUGGGAGACCAGAGAACCGGCGGGGGUGGGGGGGUGGGGUGUCAUCUUCAUUUGAUUUUAUUUUGAUGUGAAGGCUGAGGCGGUGGCCAUUUUGCCCUCUCUCUCUCUCUUCCCUGAGCUCACUAACUUUACGUGACCCAGCCAAAUCUUUUGACACUUGGAUCUGCGACAGGGGUGUCAAACUGGGUUUCUUCGAGGUCCUGAUCAGCAUUGUAGUUCUCCUCCGUGGGCCGGCUGAGAGGAGGCCAAGGGGGAGACCGGAUGGAUGAUUCCUGCGGCACCUUGCCAGCCAAAAUGGGGUGCGGGCUGGAUCUUUGUUAUUUCUAGGCCGUUCCCCACAGGCCAGAUUUAAAGCAUCCCACAGGGGCCGGAUCGGGCCUGCCUGCAGGCCUUGAAUUUGACAUCUUUGGUCUACGACGAUGUGGCCAAUUCACCAUGGCCAUCUCGCCACAGCCAAAUUGCUGUGGCCAACUGACUGGGGGCCAACUCGCCGCAGGACGAGAGCUUUUUUGAGAAAUAGUCAAAUGGAGUCAUUAAAGCAGGGGUCCCCAAACUUGGCAACUUUGGACUUCAACUCCCAGAAUUCUCCAGCCAGCUAUGGGAGUUGAAGUGCACAAGCCUUAAAGUUGCCAAGUUUGAAGACCUCUGCAUUAAAGAAAGGAAUGCCAAAGGAGGGACAAAAUAAAACAUGAACGGCAAAUCUUAAAAUAACUUUUAAAUGAUUAAAUAAGUAAAUGAAAUUGUUGAGUUGUCCCAAGGCGAGUUGGCUGAGGCGAGUUGUCCCAUUUUGUGCCCCUGUUUCCCCUAUCCUGGAGGCAAAACAGCAAAAGCAAGAAAUUGGGAGCGCUCUCCAGCUUUCUGGGCCAAAAAAGCAACCUCUCGGGGGUUUGGGAAUGCUCAAUUUAUUUUAUU